AUGGUCCGCUUCAUGCACCUAGCUGGGACCCUCCCCGUUCUAGCUCUCGGGGCAGUCCAGGACGCCCUCCAGCCCGCUGCCGAGGUUGCGACCGCGACCGCCCAACGUGCCCAGGCCACCCUCGCAGACCUCGUCGAUGUCGGUGCCGAAUUGAUCGCCAAUGUGAAUGACCCGCAAGCCGUCAAUGCCCAGUCCGUCUGUCCUGGCUACCGGGCGUCCAAUGUGCAACAAACAGCCUAUGGCUUUACUGCCAGCUUAACUCUGGCCGGAGAGCCAUGCAAUGUAUACGGGACGGAUGUCGACUCGCUGACCCUGGAGGUACAAUUCCAGGAGACCGAUCGCCUGAACAUACAAAUCACUCCUACCUACGUCGACGCUUCGAACGCGUCUUGGUAUAUUCUUCCAGAAGAAUUCGUCCCCCGGCCGGAACCGGCCGCAGAUGCCUCCGAGUCGCACAGCGAUUUCUCUGUGACAUGGUCAAACGAUGCCACCUUCAAUUUCCAGGUGGCCCGUAAAUCGACCGGAGAAGUGCUCUUCAAUACGGCCGGCUCUGUCCUGGUGUUUGAGAAUCAAUUCAUCGAAUUUGUGACGACUUUGCCGGAGGAAUACAAUCUGUAUGGGCUAGGAGAGCGAAUCAAUCAGCUGCGCCUGUUGAGAAACGCUACUUUGACCACCUACGCUGCCGACAUUGGCAACCCAAUUGAUGUAAACAUCUACGGACAGCAUGCAUUCUACGUGGAUACAAGAUAUUACGCCGUGGAUGGAAAUGGCAAGCAGGCAUACGUGAAGAGCAGCGAGGCUGACCCGACGCAAUCUUAUACUUCGUACUCGCACGGAGUCUUCCUCAGAAACUCUCAUGGCCAUGAGGUGGUCUUGAAUCCUCAAGGUCUGACAUGGCGGACCAUUGGAGGAAGCAUCGACCUCACUUUUUACUCGGGGCCGACAGUGGCAGAAGUAACGAUGCAAUACCAGCGCAGCACUGUUGGACUCCCUGCUAUGCAAAAGUACGACACACUUGGCUUCCAUCAAUGCCGCUGGGGUUACAGUAAUUGGUCGGUCUUUGAAGAUGUUCUGGCCAACUUUGUAAAUUUCGAGAUUCCGCUGGAGUAUCUCUGGGCCGACAUCGAUUACAUGCAUGGCUAUAGGGAUUUUGACAACGACCAGGUUCGAUUCUCGUACGAGGACACCACAGUGUUCCUGGACAAACUUCACGCAGGUGGACGCCAUUUCGUCCCGAUUGUUGAUGCGGCGUUAUACAUCCCAAAUCCUGAAAAUCCGUCUGACGCUUAUGACACGUACACUCGUGGAGCGGCACGAGACGUCUUUCUCAAGAAUCCAGAUGGCAGCCUGUACAUUGGGGCAGUUUGGCCUGGUUAUACCGUUUAUCCCGACUGGCAUCACCCAGAUGCGGCCGAUUUCUGGGCCAGCGAACUUGUCACCUGGUAUGAGAAAGUCAAGUUUGACGGGGUAUGGUAUGACAUGGGUGAAGUAUCGUCUUUCUGCGUGGGAAGUUGCGGGUCCCCUUACCGGACACUUAACCCAGUCCAUCCACCUUUCAGACUGCCGGGUGCGCCGGGAAAUGUCGAUUACGACUAUCCUGAAGGAUUCGAGCAGUCUAAUGCCACCGAGGCUGUCUCCGCCUCUGCGGCCUCUUCUAGCCAGGCCGCAGCCACGAUUACGGAGACUACGACGACUACCAGCCCGCACUUGCGUACGUCGCCCACGCCUGGAGUCCGUAAUGUGAACUACCCGCCUUACGUGAUCAAUCAUGUACAGAGGGGACAUGACCUUGCGGUGCAUGCGGUCUCACCGAACGCUACCCAUGUAGAUGGCUAUCACGAGUACGAUGUACACAGUCUGUACGGGCACAUGGGUAUUCGGGCAACCCACCAGGGUUUGACUCGUAUUGCGCCAGAGAAGCGCCCGUUUAUAAUCGGCCGUUCGACCUUUGCCGGGUCCGGAAAGUGGGCAGGCCAUUGGGGCGGGGACAACUAUUCCAGAUGGUCGUCGAUGUACUUUUCCAUCUCGCAGGCGCUGCAGUUCUCUCUCUUUGGCAUACCAAUGUUCGGAGUAGAUACGUGCGGGUUUAGUGGAAACUCUGCUGAGGAACUCUGCAACCGGUGGAUGCAGCUGUCGGCUUUCUUCCCUUUCUAUCGCAACCAUAAUGUCCUUGGGGCGAUUUCCCAGGAGCCUUACCGAUGGGCAUCAGUCAUAGAUGCGAGCAAGGCGGCGAUGAGAAUUCGAUAUGCCCUGCUACCUUACUUCUACACAUUGAUGCAAGAUGCACAUGUCACGGGUUCUACGGUGCUUCGGGCGUUAGCCUGGGAGUUUCCCAACGAUCCCUCUCUCGCAGCCAUUGACAAUCAGUUCCUGGUUGGCCCGUCUAUCCUGGUGACUCCAGUUCUCGAACCCCAAGUUAGUACUGUCAAGGGCGUUUUCCCGGGAGUAGGGCAGGGAGAGGUAUGGUACGAUUGGUACACGCAGACCGCAGUCGACGCCCAGCCCGGAGUCAACACCACAAUCGAUGCGCCCCUCGGACACAUACCGGUCUAUGUUCGGGGAGGAAGCAUCCUGCCAAUGCAAGAACCUGCUUUGACCAUCAGGGAAGCCCGGAAGACGCCAUGGGCACUCUUGGCUGCUCUCGGUAGUGACGGCACUGCAUCGGGCAAGCUCUAUCUGGAUGACGGGGAGAGCAUCCAACCAGAAGCGGCGCUCGAUGUUCAAUUUGCGAUUUCUCAAUCCACCCUUAGUGUUUCAUCCCAAGGCGACUGGAAGGAAACCAAUCCUUUGGCGAAUGUAACCAUUUUUGGCGUCCCUGCCGAGCCGCCCGCAGUGACUUUCAACGGACAACAGGUGACCGCAGAAUAUGAUGUCCAGUCGCGGGUCCUAUUCGUAACCGGACUGGGCCGAUUUACAAACGAUGGUGCUUGGGGGCUAGAUUGGACUCUGCAGUGGUGA